AUUUAACAAUCCCUUCAUUUUUCGUUAUGAGCUUCCUACUCGACGACGAAGAUGCUACCUUUAAGGCCGCGUUGUCCUUCGUGGACGACUUCAUGUUCGACGAAGAUAAUACUGUAGACUUGCUGGAUAAUAAGCAACUCCGGGAGGAUGGCGAGGCAACGCAUCAGUGCUCCGAGUUCGUGCUGGACGCGGAUGAACGCAAGCGGAGGCGUCGAGUGCAGCUGAACAGGAGGAAGAGAUUGUUGCGUAAAGCGGGCAUUUACGCCGAUCCGAAUCGAGCGCGCAACGAGCGCAAGCAGGAAAUGAUUCGCUUGCGUACUCAGCUCGAGAGGCUUCAAUUGGAUGCUCAGGUGUUACGAAGCCGAGAAACUAAAAGACCACAGAAUGCUACAACUUCACAAAACUUGGCGAGCUUGUCGUCGAAGAUUCCUGCUGUGUGGCAGGAGCUAGCCACACGGCAGAGGCGCCGUCGCGAAAAGGCAGAGCGAGAGAAUAUCCGCUUGAAACUUGCUGUGGAACGUCAACAACAACUAGCGCUAAGCCUUGGCGAAUUGGUGCAACGACGAGCACUAAAAGUGACGCAGGAAUGCGCAGUUUUGACGAAACAGUCAUACUUAACGCAUCAUGUCGUGAACGUACUGAAUAUUGAUGGCGACAUGGAAGAUUUCCGCGUCCUCUUCCGACAUCUUGAGAUUGCAUAUCGGGGUUUGGACGCGGUUUUUGCCACCAACGGACUUGCAAAUUUGGAGAUUUCUCCUGGUGACGUGCACUUGCGGGAAGGCUUUGGUGGGAGGUUGCUAGAGUGCUUUAGUCACAAGACGCUGCCAUUCGAGUGGCGUGCAACAACUGAGGCGACAUGGGAGCACUUUAAAGGCAUUGAGAAGCAUUUCGGGAAUGGGAGUCUCUACACAAAGGCAGCGAAGGUGAAUUUAAAUCCUUUACACCGAUUCAACCGUACACUGUAGAUUUGCUAAGUUUCGGGUAAAUUGUUGAACAGGACCUGGACGAGCCAUACCGGUACACGAUCGUCGAGAACUUCACGAAGGAGUUGCAUUCCAACAAUUCUCGUGCUGAUAUCACGGUAAAGCAAGUGGUGCGGCGCUAUGUGGAACGAGACCGCAAUAUCAUUAUCUGGGUAUCGUUCGUAGCACCUGCACAGAUCAAACACAAGAUGCUUCGCGGGUUAGCCUAUAAUCUACGAGGCUACGCAGUCACCAAGCGCUCGCCCCAGGUGAGACCCGGGCAGGAGCUGUCGGUGCUUCAGCAGUGCUCGCUUAUUUCUCUUAACCAAGAUGUCGACGCGAGGUGCCAACCGAGUAAUCUCCAAAAGCUCGCCAACUUCCUGAUAGUGAACACAGCUCAGAACAUUCGAGCGCAUCGCGAGCGCAUCGAAAAUGCGUUGGUCGAUCAAGCCGUAGCCCGUCGAAUGGAAUAAAUAAAUAGGCCUGCCUCAAAGUUUAGCGCUGCCCGGCUCAAAAAAUUUAGCGUCACAUA